AUGAGUGGCAAGGGACCGUCGUCACUCUUCCUCCAGGGGGAGCUCCUGAGCCCCUGCCGCUGCGACGGCUCCGUGCGCUGCACGCACCAGCCCUGCCUCAUCCGCUGGAUCAGUGAGAGGGGCUCCUGGAGUUGUGAGCUCUGCUACUUCAAGUACCAGGUCCUGGCGAUCAGCACCAAGAAUCCACUGCAGUGGCAGGCCAUCUCCCUGACGGUCAUUGAGAAGGUCCAGAUUGCGGCCAUAGUUCUGGGCUCUCUCUUCCUCGUCGCUAGCAUCUCCUGGCUCAUCUGGUCCUCACUCAGCCCUUCAGCCAAGUGGCAACGGCAGGAUCUUCUCUUUCAGAUCUGCUACGGCAUGUACGGCUUCAUGGAUGUCGUCUGCAUAGGCCUCAUCAUCCACGAAGGCUCCUCUGUCUACCGCAUCUUCAAGCGCUGGCAGGCAGUAAACCAGCAGUGGAAGGUCCUAAAUUAUGACAAGACAAAGGACAUAGGAGGAGAUGCAGGGGGAGGGACGGCAGGGAAGCCAGGCCCCAGGACCUCACGGACGGGCUCCCCCUCUGGGGCCACGAGCCGCGCCCCUGCUGCCCAGCGCAUGCGGACGCUCUUGCCUCAGCGCUGUGGUUACACAAUCCUGCAUCUCCUUGGACAGCUGCGGCCACCAGAUGCGCGUUCCAGUUCCCAUUCUGGCCGAGAGGUUGUCAUGAGAGUCACCACAGUCUGAACUGGACUCUAGGAGUGGGGAUCUUGAGUCAUUACAUCAGCCAGAGAUGAGCUAUCAUGGCUGCUGGAGGUACCGCUUGACCAGAUGCUUGGGGCACACUGCCCCCACCGCUGAGAAUCUCUGUGGGCAGCCUCAAGGUGGAAACGUUGUCUGGCCUCUACUGCCCACUGGGUAGUGACACCUGGAUGACAUUCCAGCCCCACACUGACGGGUCCUUACACUCAUUCUGGGGCAGCCAGUGGGCAGCUUUUCUUCCUUAGAGAACCGUCCUUACCUCAGCUCCUAGGGCCUCCAGCCCCCCCUCCCCCCAGCUCCACCACGGUGACUUGGUGAAGGGGGACCAAUGCCAGAAGAAAGGGGCUGUAGACCCCUCCCCAUUCCUCAUAUCAUGGCCACAGGGCAGCUGGCAAUAAGACUAGUAUACAUUGACCACCCGUUCCCUGCAUGAGGGCGGGGGCACUUUCCCCUGCUCUACCCCCCAUUGCGUGGGGGGAGGGCAUAAAGAAUCAUUUAUAUGCACGUGGAGACUCCUUUCUCAUCUGGGGCUUUUCUAGAGGGUUGGGAGGUAUGGGGAGGUUUCUCUGCAGAGGUUGCAAAUCCAAAAUACAGCAGUGGGUUCUGAGUUGAAGGUAUAACUCCCACUUGCUGGUGAAUAAUUCACACUGGCUGCUAGAUGGCAGUGCUCAGAAGUCUCUAAAGGGUGGACCUGCCACCUACAAGUUGUGUGAUUUAGAAAAAAAUCUCUCUGCUGUGGUUUUCCUGUCUACCUCAUAGGGUUGGAAUGAGGAUAAACAAGGGACAGGUUGAAUGCCAUUGCAAAGAAGAUCAGUGAUGGUAUGAAAAGAUUUCUACACUAGAUUAUGGUCCAUUUAUUUCAAGUAGUAGCUGGUUAACAAAUUCUAAAAGUGUUUUUCAUUUGGAGCUUCACAGAGCCUUGGAAAUUUGUGUUGUCAUAAUAGAUAUGAAAAUAUGAGGGAAAAUAGACAUUGCUAAUGUGAAGGAUGGUGGUUAUUUGCAAGAAUGAAAGCUCCUCUAGCCCCCUAAACACAGGGGGGUAGGGGAAGGCUGGAGCUAUCCUUCUUGCUCUGGGGAUUGUGUGGGUUCUAUUAGCCCUUCCCAGAUAAUGUGCUCACCCAAAGAAGUGAUGUAAAGUGAAUUUGGACUCAUUUGGAGUGAGAUAGACAGAAUCUUUCCAUGACAUGAGUCUCCAACUCCAGUUUAAGCUCCUCUUAAUGGCAGUUCAAGAUCAUAGGUCUGUCUGAUCCUGGUGUGCCACAGCUAGCGGUGUUAACUGGAAGGUGUUGUGUUUGGAGGCAGCAGUAUAGAGGGCAGUUGUCUAUAAGGAAAAGGUUUGAGAAGCACUGGUUAAAGUGUGGGUCAGACUGAAGCCUGGUCCCUUUCACCUGAGGCCUUGGGGCUGUGUAUUAUAUGAAUGAUGAUGUCUUUUAAGUGAACUAUUCAUUAGCAAUUAAAUUAAUUACUUCAUACAUUGCUUAAAGUAA